AGUGAUGCGACCAGUCACCUCUGUUCAGUCGCAAAGCUGUUCAGGAGACUCAAUAAUGUUUCCUCUAUUAUUGCUAUAAGUAAAUGCAGAAGUUUUGUGUUAUUUAUUAAAAAAAUAAUAAUGUUGGAAGAAGAAUUGAAAGUCCCUGAAGAGCUUUUUAAGGACGUGAAGUUUUAUGUCGUCGGGGAUAUUGACCAAAAGGUGGUGCAGCUGCUAAAGUCAGGGAAAGGAAAGGAAGUGUCCUACAUCGCCCUCGCCACACACAUCAUCACAGAGGAUGGAGACAACGCUGAAGUCAGUGAGGCGCGUGAGGUCUUCUUCUUGCCUGUAGUAAAGCCCACAUGGGUGAUCCUGUCAGUCAGAUGUGGAGACCUGCUUCCUGUUACAGGCUUUUCUCCUGAGUCGGGGCAGUUGUUCUUUGGUGUGCGGGUGUGUUUACCUCAUCUGACAGAAGAUCUCAGCACCCUUUGGGCCUUUAUUACGUUUUACGGAGGAGACUGUCAGCUGAAUUUCAAUAAGAAGUGUACACAUCUGGUGGUUCCUGAACCCAAGGGGGCAAAAUACGAGUGUGCACUGAGGCACAGUGGGAUUAAAAUCGUCACCCCAGAGUGGAUCACCGACUCAGUUAAAGACAAGAGCAGGAAGGAUGAAGCGCUUUACCACCCGCGGCUCACCUACUACGAGGAAGAGGAAGAAGAGGAGGAAGAUGAGGUCAGCGAGGAUGAAAAUGAGCGUAGUUCACGUUCUGAAGGCAGCAAACGCUCUAGCCCUGCCUCCUCGCGAGGCGCGUCACCUUCCAGGCGUCCACGCUCACCCUCGCCCAAAGCUGAGGUCAUGUUUGAUGACUCCGACGAAUCGGACAAAGAAGAACUCAACCUGAACUGGACGCUGUCAAAGCCCCGCCUCCCACGGAGUAAAGACACGGCGCUCAUUAACCUGUGUGACAGUGUCCCUCCUGUGCCGGGUAACAACCAGGGGGCGGAGCGUCCAGAGGUGAUUGGUGGGUGGAAUUCUGGCCAACGCCCAUUGCGGACCAUCAAUAAGGGCACAGAGCAGCAGCAGCAGCUCCCACGGCCGCCCAACGUUGCACACAUUCUCCAAAGUCUGACUUCUAAAAGUGUAGAACCGCAGGGGAAUCAGAACCAACCCGGUGUCCCGAAUCAGCUUCUGUUCAACUCCGCAAAACCUCCACAGCACGCAGCACCACAACUCGCUCCUGAAGUGCAGCAGCAGUUACUCCAGCACCAGCAACAACAGUUGCAGCAGCAGCAGCAACAACAACAACAACAACAGCAGCAGCAGCAGCAAGCACACCCGAUGCCUCCUCAGCAACAGCAGCAGCAACAACAACAUGCGCAGCAGAUGCUCCAGCAGCACCCCAUGAUGCACCUGCAGUCGCAGGGCAUGCAAAUACAUCAUCCUCAGCAGCAGCAGGCAGGGUUUCCUCAAAUGCCGCAACAGCCGCAUCAGUUCCUCACGCAGCAGAUGCAUCAGCAGAUGUACUCCCAGCAGCAGCAGCAGCAUCAGCAACAGCAGCACGGUUUCCUGCAGCAGCAGCAGCAACUGCGACCACCGCAGCAGCAACAGCAGCUUCUCCGACCACCCUUACAACAGCAACAUGUAAUACAGCAGCAGUUGCUGCAGCAGCAACACAGGCUCCAGCUGCAACUGCAGCAACAGCAGCAGCAAAAUCAGCAGCAGAUGCACCAGCAACAUUUGCAACAACAGCAGCAGCAGCAUUUCCUUCAACAGCAGCAACAGCACAUGCAACACCUGCAGCAACAGCAGCAACACCUGCAACAGCAGCAGCAACAUAUGCAGAAUGCGCAGACUCUGCAGCAUCAGACACCGACACCUCUGCAGCUUGUGCAGCCGCAUCAACUGCUGGGCCAUGAAUCAGGACAGGAGAUUCCUGAAGAUGGCUUCCUGGUUGGCUGCGUCUUUGCUAUCGCUGAUUAUCCGGAACAGAUGGCUGACAAGCAGCUACUGGCCACGUGGAAACGGAUUAUUCAGGCGUAUGGAGGCUCUGUGGACUCUGCUUUGAAUCGCUGCACUCACUUACUGUGUGAAAGUCAAGUCAGCAGCAUGUACCUGCAGGCUUUAAGGGAGGGCAAGCGCUGCAUUACAGCUCACUGGCUCAACACGGUGCUGAAGAAGAAGAAGAUGGUUCCUCCUCACCGCACGCUACAUCUGCCCUUCAGUUUCCCUCCAGGAGCCAAACCCUGCUCGCAGCACAUUAUUUCAGUCACUGGGUUUGUGGACAGCGAUCGAGAGGACUUGAAGCUUAUGGCCUACUUAGCUGGAGCUCGCUACACGGGAUACCUGUGUCGCAGCAAUACCGUUCUUAUCUGCAAAGAGCCAAGUGGGCUAAAGUAUGAGAAGGCGAAGGAGUGGCGAAUCCCGUGUGUAAACGCUCAGUGGCUGUGUGAAAUCCUGCUGGGAAAUUUCGAGGCUUUACGGCAGAUCCAGCACAGCAGAUACACUCAGUUCAACUUGGCCGAACCUCUCGCUCCUAACACGCAUCUCGUCCAGAACCUGCUGGCUGCUUGGAGAAAUCCUGUAAAAGUCUCGCCAGAGGCAUUGGUGAGCCUCCGUCUGCAGCAGAAACAGAAACAGGCUGAGGGAACUUCACAGCCACCUGCCAAGAAGCCCAAACUAGAGGAGCUGCCCACACCUUCUAAAAAGCUUCCUCCAGAGUCGACCCCAUAUGUUUUCUUCACUGGCUUUGAACCUCUGCAAGCUCAGCAGUACAUAAAGAGAUUGUACGAGCUCGGUGGUGAAGUGGCUGAGAGCGCACAGAAGUGCACUCAUCUGGUAGCCAGUAAAGUGACACGCACGGUCAAGUUCCUGACAGCCGUCUCUAUCGUUAAACACAUUGUCACUCCGGAGUGGCUGCAAGAGAGCUGGAAAUGCCAGAAAUUUGUGGAUGAACAGAGUUACAUGCUGCGGGAUGCAGAAGCUGAGGUGCUCUUCUCUUUUAGUCUGGAGGAGUCGCUGAAGAAAGCUCAUACUGCUCCACUCUUCAAGGGUAAAUUCUUCUACAUAACGCCGGGAAUCUGUCCGAGCCUCAGCACCAUGAGAGCCAUCGUAGAGAGCGCCGGGGGGAAACUGCUGUCCAGACAGCCGUCCUUCCGUAAGAUCAUGGAGCACAAGCAGAACAAGAACCUGCCAGAAAUCAUCCUCAUCUCAUGCGACAAUGAUCUGCAUCUGUGCCGUGAAUAUUUUCUGAAGAAUAUCGACGUCCACAAUGCUGAGUUCAUCCUCACAGGAGUGCUGACGCAGACUCUGGAUUAUCAAUCAUAUAAAUUCACAUGAUCAGUUUGGGAGGAACAUCUUCGGGAAGAGAACACUAAACUUUCUCUGCUGGUCGACCCUGAAGGUUCCCUUUUUAUAAAUAUGUAAAAAAAAAAAAAGACAAUACUAUUUGUCCCCCCCGUCCUUUUUUUGUACUUGGUUGAAAAGUCUUUUUUUGUAGAAAUUACUUGUGAAAUAAAUAAAUAAAUACAUCACUGUUAUUUUUUAACAA